CCUCAGUCCCUCCGACAGAGCGGAAGCACACGGACAGACGGUAGACAGAGGCCAGACCCGAGCGACCGAAACUUAACCUCAAAAGGAAAACUAGGGGCCGCUGAAACAGAAAGAAAGCGACCUGCAUCGAGGUCGGAGAUGGCCAGGUUGGACGUAGUAGAGACCUUUCAUGGCUUAUUCUUUCCUGGACACCUGCACACCAAGGAUUCCUUACAACAGGCUCUCCAGUUUUCAUUUCAGGACUCGGAUGUCCUCAUUGUCUCUUACCCCAAAUCAGGCACCACAUGGCUGCAGGAAAUUGUGACGCUCAUAUCCAGCAAAGGGGACCCACACUUGUCCCAAACUGUCCCAAACUGGGCUCGGGCUCCUUGGCUGGAGCAACAUUAUUUCGCUGCGUUGAUGGCGGCUUCGCCCUGCGCGGCUCGAAUCAUCACCACCCACCUGCCACACCACCUGCUGGGCCCCACCCUCAAGGACUCCAAAGCAAAGGUCAUCUAUGUGAGCAGAAACCCUAAAGAUGUCGUAGUUUCCUUUUACCACUUCCACAAAAUGGCCAACUUCCUACCCGAGGCAGGCUCAUUUCCAGAGUUUCUAAACCGGUUCCUGGAGGGCACACUGCACUAUGGCUCCUGGUUUGACCACAUUAAAGGCUGGACCAGUCAGAUGAACAAUGUGCUUCACAUCACCUAUGAAGAGAUGUCGAUGGACAUUCGAGGUGCCAUUGAGAGGUUGAGUGCUCAUCUGCAGAGUCCCUUGCUGGAGGACGAGCUCAACAACUGUGUGAAACACUGCAGCUUCAGCAGCAUGAAAGGCAACAAGAUGGCCAACUACACUCUGGUCAACAGGGAGAUAAUGGACCACAACAAGGGCUCCUUUAUGAGAAAAGGUACGAUUGGAGACUGGAAAAACAUGUUCACAAAGGAGCUGGACACACAUUUCAAAAGUGUCUUCGAGUCCAAGAUGGAGGACUGCACUCUGGAGUUUGUGUGGGACGAGCCGCAAUCAGACGAGACACACGCUGACGAAUAAAUCCCGCUGAUGUUGCAUCCCGUGACAUACAGUAAAUGUACCGUAGAUUAAAUGGAUGAAGGGCCACUUGGGACACGUAGUGCUCCGUAGCUUUUAAUGGCUGUUGUAAACCUGUUUUUUUUAAUGCACUAGUGUUUGAUGUAGCAUUUGAUCAACACAGUGAACAUAGGGAAGAGGUCAAAGGUCUUAACAUACAGCUCCUCAUCCAGAGGGCUGAAUUUUCCUUGUGUAUCCUCUCAGAAAGAAAAGUGUUGCUUAACCUCCAGCUGCUAUGCACCGCAGAUCAAAAUUGUAUAUGUGUGUGUAUGAAGCGAGCUUUCGGUCCACAUUGUAGAGAACACACGGCCAACAUCAGUCUGGUGAAGGUUGAUAUGAGCAUUAAUCCCCAGACGCUCAUAGAUGACACCGGAUCAUAUUACUCAUGUUCUGCAUCCAAGACUGAAAUUGUAGAUAUUUCUCUUUUGUGGAGGGCAAAAUAGUAAUAAUCCUUUUUUACUAAAAUUACAGCAAAAAACUAAAAUAGCACAUUAUAAUAUUCUGUAAAUGUAAUUCUAAUAUUCUAACAGCACAUGUCUUUUGUUUGUCAUCUACUGGAAUUUCCUUACCGAACACCUUGUGUGUCUGUCUGCUUUGUAAGUACACGUGAUGUGGGGAAGACUGGGUGAAUGAAUAUCCUUCUGUCUGGUUGAAAAGGGCACUUUAUUUAUCAGCGUGAAAGAGCAAAUGAAAGAGGAAAUUACCCCAAUUACAAUUCCACCAAACAUUUUAUUCAGUUGAACUUUCAUAUCUUAACUAGGCUAAACAAUAAAAAGGGAGUUUAAACAGCAGCAUGGCUUUCUGUGGUGUUUUUACUUCCAAUGCCCCAUUAGUGAGCUGCUUAUACACACCGGGCCGAUUCUGAUGGGAGGCUUGUGUUCAAGGACCUGUGUGACAGUUUAGUGCAUUUGUUUAAUGAGCGUGUGAAUUGUAUAUGUACACACACACACACACACACACACACACACACACACACGUGUACAUGUCCACGUAUUUUUGAUGUCAGAUGUUGAAACUCAAGCUUUUGCAAUCUUGUCGUUUCAAAAUGUGUUGUGAAAGCCAGAGUUCCUUCUUUUAAUAAAAGUGAUGUGUCUUUUCCUU